GGAGAUGAAAUGACAACGUCCACACUGCAGAAAGCGAUCGAUCAUGUGACCAAAGCCACAGAAGAAGACAAGGCCAAGAACUAUGACGAGGCGCUGCACCUGUACCAGCACGCCGUGGAGUACUUCCUGCACGCCAUCAAGUAUGAGGCCCACAGCGACCAGGCGAAGGAAAGCAUCCGAGCCGAGUGCCUUCAGGACCUGGACCGGGCGGAGAAGCUCAAGGACGACCUGAAGAACAAAGACAAGCAGGGAAAGAAGCCUGUGAAGGAGACGCAGAGCAACGACAGUGACAGCGAGGGAGAAAACCCUGAGAAGAAGAAGCUGCAGGAGCAACUCAUGGGUGCCAUCGUGAUGGAGAAGCCCAACGUCCGGUGGAGCGAUGUGGCCGGACUGGGAGGAGCCAAGGAAGCUCUGAAGGAAGCCGUCAUCCUGCCCAUCAAGUUCCCGCAUCUCUUCACAGGCAAGCGGACUCCAUGGAGGGGCAUCCUGCUGUUCGGACCCCCGGGGACCGGGAAGUCCUUCCUGGCCAAGGCCGUGGCCCCAGAGGCCAACAACUCCACCUUCUUUUCAGACCUCAUGUCCAAAUGGCUGGGAGAGAGUGAGAAGCUGGUGAAGAACCUGUUUGACUUGGCUCGCCAACACAAACCCUCCAUCAUCUUCAUCGACGAGGUGGACUCGCUGUGCGGCUCCAGGAACGAGAGCGAGGCCGCCCGCCGCAUCAAGACCGAGUUCCUGGUGCAGAUGCAGGGUGAGGUGGGAAACAACAACGACGGCAUCUUGGUGUUGGGAGCCACCAACAUCCCCUGGGUCCUAGACGCUGCCAUUCGCAGAAGGUUUGAGAAGCGUAUCUACAUCCCUCACGCACUUCAAAAAGGUGACGUCAUCAGAAACCAGAGAGAAACAGAAGAGGUUGGAGGUCCGUCACGUAGCAACAACCAGAUCAUGGUGGACGACCUCUUGACCCCUUGUUCCCCUGGCGACCCUGCAGCCAUAGAGAUGACCUGGAUGGAGGUGCAGAGUGACAAGCUGCUGGAGCCCAUAGUCUGCAUGUCGGACAUGCUGCGCUCUCUGUCCACCACCCGUCCCACCGUCAACACUGAAGACCUGUUCAAGGUCCAGAAGUUCACAGACGACUUUGGGCUGGAGGGCUGA